ACCGCAUCACAAAAUCAACAUUUUUUGUCUAAAAUAUAACUGAAAAUCAAGUUGAACCUGCUGUCUUUUUGUGAUUUUGACCAUUGCACGACCAGCAUGGAGCAAAGGGAUAUUGUGGCGUUUAUAUUAAAGUAUCUGUUAUCUUGCUAAGUUAUUGGCCGUUGGCUUUUUCCGGUUGGAAGAAAACCAAUUUUUUUAAACAAGUUCAUCGAGCGCCUAGUCAAGAACAUUAGCUGUAAAAUCGGCAUUCAGAUGGCCGAAUUAAUUAAUUCAACACAAACGGCCCUCCAGCAAGCCUACGAUUAUUACUUAUGGACUUUAACGUUAUCAGAUAAAAGAACGAGAGGAUGGGCGCUAGUCGAUUCACCAGUUCCAACCCUUCUCUUCACUGCCCUUUAUCUCUUCCUUGUAUGGAUAGGACCGAAAUAUAUGGAAAAACGGAAACCAUUCAAGCUAACACCCCUACUUGUACCGUACAAUAUGGCUAUGGCAAUUUUGAAUGGAUAUAUCGCUUCACAGUUGCUUACAGCAUCAACAAGACUGAAGUACAGCUAUAUUUGUGAACCAUGUCGACAGAAAAAUGAUCCUGAUGAAUUGCAGAUUGCUAACGCUGUUUGGUGGUACUAUUUCUCCAAACUAUUAGAGUUUUGCGACACCUUGUUCUUCAUAUUGAGGAAAAAGAAGAAUCAAUUAUCCUUCCUACAUGUAUACCAUCAUUCAACAAUGUUCUUCCUGUGGUGGAUCGGAAUCAAAUGGGUACCAAGUGGUUCAACAUUUUUGCCUGCUAUGGUCAACUCCUCAAUUCAUGUUCUACUUUAUGCGUAUUACGGACUAUCUGUAUUCGGGCCAAGAGUUACCAAAUAUUUAUGGUGGAAAAAGUACCUCACCAUUUUGCAGCUUAUUCAAUUUACUUGUGCCCUUAUUUUGGGUGUGAAUGGGAUCAGGACAGGGUGUGAAUUCCCCUUGUGGAUGCAUUACACCCUCAUUUUCUACAUGUUGUCCUUCAUUGUUCUGUUUGGAAACUUCUACGUUAAAGCAUACAUCGAUAAAGGCAAUCAGGUAUUUUUCGGUAUGGACGUCGGUUGCGGACAAGGAAACACAUACGAAACUCACAAAUUCCUCAAGAACAAACAAAAGACUAACUAAAUGCGAAUCUGCUUUGUUGAUUUAUUUUAAAACUUGCCCAUAUUUAUAUUAAUUUACCUACAUAAACAAUAAUCGUUGCAGAGAUUUGCCAAUUUUAGUCUAGGUCAUUAGUAAGUUAUUCGAAGUCAUUAGUAAAUUUUUCCUGUACUUAAUCAGUUUUCUUCUAUAUAUGAGUGAAAACAAUAAUUUUCUGUUGCCUGAUAUGAUUAAACGGUUACCACUCACAGUGCAAAUUCCCAUUUUACUGUUCUACUUUCUUAUUAUUAGUUUUUAGUAUGUAGGUAUGUAUGUAGACCUGAAACGAAUAUUUGUUUAAAUAAAUGUUAUUGCUCUAUUGUUAUACAUUUUUAUAUAUUCUAUGUUAUAUUUACUUAAGUAGACAUUCAGAUUAUUUUUGGGCCGAUUGUAUAUCUCAAAUUUGAAAGAUUGAUAUUCCAACUCUUGCCUAAUAUGUUAGUAGUAAUGUUAAAGAUUGUUGAACAUUUGAGAUUAUCACCCCAAUCAUACAGGCGUAGAAUCUGCCAAUUUUGUAUUCAUUACUUAGUAAUGUACAUUAUGUAAAACAUGCUGACAAUGGUGUUGAAGAAAAAAUCGACAAUAAAUCAUUUAACGUUA